CGCUAGGGGGCGAUGAUGCGCGACUCGAUGAGAACGCAAGCGCUGUGAGAUGCUGUUUCAGGCUAGUCUCGAACAUAGCCACUGCGAAAAUGUCUGCGAUGUCGAAAAAAGAGUUAGACGGCUGUAGAAAACUGCUGAUACUGCUGUCAGAGGAGGACUUAUUGGCACUGAAUGAUACAGUGACUAACCGGUUAAUCCCCGUAACGAGUUCCAGAGAGGCAAUUGAAGUUAUCAUAGCUUACUCUCAGAGUGCCGAAGAGCUUCUCAAAAGGAAAAAGGUUCAUCGGGAUAUUAUAUUUAAAUACCUCGCUACAGAAAGUGUUGCUGUAUCUCCAAGCAGUGAGAAACAUCAGCUGGUAAAGAAGACGCUUGAAUUAUGGUCCUCUGACAGCGAGAACACUGUAAGUGUGUCCAGUGCACGUUGUACAGAGCAGAAUGGAGAUGGUUUGGGAGAGCUGUCAGCUUUGGGGAGGCAGUUUUGCGGAUGGUUCUUCCAGCUUUGGAACUCUCAGAACCCCCAGGCUGCGCAGCCGGUGCAGGACUGGGGUCCGCAGCACUUCUGGAGUGACGCCAAGCUGCUGCUUCUCUCUCAUGCCCAGGUUCAGCAGAAAGAGGAGUUCCUUGGAGCUGAACUGGUGAGCCAGCGGCUUUUUGCCCUCGUCUGGCAGGAAAAGUUACUCUUCUGCCCUAACAUGGAGCAAACAGGCCUGAAGUGUGUAUCUUCGCCUCAUGGGUUGGUGCUGGUGGCCGUCGCUGGCACCAUCCAUCGGGAGAGCGAUUGUCUUGGAGUUUUCGAGCAAGUGUUUGGUCUGAUCCGUGCACCUCUGGACGAAAACCGCUGGAAGAUCAAAUAUGUGCAUUUGAAAAUAAAGGGACAGAUUGGUAUGACACUGCCGGCAGUGAGCUAUGAUUCAAAAGAACUGGUUCAGCUGUUUACUUAGAACUGUUUGUGUGAACAUUUUUACACUAAACAAAAAGCACUUUAAAUAAUGCAUGAUACACUGUAUAUAUUAUUUUAGCAUUGGUAAUUCUUUUUAUUUUCACUGGUUAAAUACUAUGUGUCCUUUUAUGAAUUCUGUUUUUCUUUAAACAUUCAUUAAGACAGGUGUAAGGUUGAAGGGGCUAUGCAAAUUGUCAUUCAUUACCAGUUUCCUUUUAUCUUUGUGCUGUGAAGCUCAUAAUCUGUCUCAUAUUUUCAGUCAUAUAGUGUACUACAUAGCCUGUAAUGUUUAAAAUGCCCUGGAUGGUUGGAAACAGAUUUGCUUUAGAUUAUCUGUCAGUGCUUGACAUUUUAAUGAGAAUUACUGAAUCAGUAUCAGCAUUUUUCCCCCCUCCAGUCUAUUUAAAGACUAAAUCAUUUCAUUAAAAUUUGUCAGGCCUUUGUCUUUCAUUUUGAGGCAAUAAAAAGACAAAAUGUGCUAAACAAAACUUAUUGUCAAAACUUAUUUUUUAAAGAGGUGAAACUAGUAAAUAAAUAUUUCAGUGACUAGAUAUGCUCACAUUUAAAAUGUUCUAAUCUGCCUUAUGCAAAACAGAGAGUUUUAUAAUUCAAUUCAAUUUUAUUUGUAUAGUGCUUUUAACAAUG